UGCUGUGAUCAUACCGCAUUGCAGAUCAAUCAGUCGGCCGUCAGCUCUGAGUUGGGACGCUUAUGGAUUGCUCUGGAGGGACUAGAGAAGGCGUCAUGAACAGAAGAAAGGCCCCCACAGGUCUACGUGACGUGGCGUAUUCGAGGAUCAACGAGAUGGUUCGAGAGGCGGGGGUCAAGUGGACCCGCAGACUACGCUCAGCUGCUGUUACGAGCCGGAGAAUCUGGCUCCAAGAAAUCGAGUCUGUGGUGGAAGAGUGCAUCCUGGUGCGCGCACAACUCGCCUCCCUCCCACUGAUACUCGUUACAGAGUACAUUAACGGCUACGGUAUCGGAGAGUUCACAAAAAUAAUCGCUUCUUACGACUGCGACAAUGGUCGCCCCCGAAUCGCCAGAAUUUUCGAAAGACGUGUUCAUCAGGACACAUGCUUAAACAUUCUGAAAACUGUGAUGUUUCCUUGCAUUACUACAUGCGACGUAAGUAAAAUGGACUCAAAAUUCGUGCAAAAGCUCUUCAUUAACCUUCUGUAUGUCAUCCCGAACGUUGAGGUUCUGAUUCUGCCCAGAGCAAGACACCUUAACUACACGCAGCUCCUUCUGCGCAGAAUCAUGCUUUUGAGCCGUCUCCGAGAAUUCCACUUCCAUCUUGGUUGUACUAGAGAAAUCAUUAUCCAGUUGUCAGAACAUUGCCCACGGCUGAACAAUCUUUCUGUCAAAGAUUCCAAAAGGGUGAACGACAAGUGCGUGAGACACCUGCUGAAACUCAGAGGCCUACUUAUCCUCGAGAUUACAGGCACGUCGGUUUCCAGUAACGGCUACGAAGGAAUCCUUUCGGGUUUGCCAGAAAUUCAGAAUGUCCUUUGGUACCCUCCAAUUGACCCUAUAUUACGCAGUCUCGAGGCACCUCUACAUUCCGUGAAAACAUUCACUGGAAACACUUCAGAUGCGCAACUACUUGUUCAGAAAUGCCCAAAUUUAACUGAAUUAACACUCAUAACCAUACCCGAGGAAACUUCAGACUUGGGCGCGCUGAGAAGUGUGGCUACUCUCUGUAUUUAUUGGUGCACCUCUACCGCUAUCAGGUUUAGUAAUGUCAUUAUACAUUUGGGUCCAAAUCUUACAGUCUUAAAAUUGGGCCAUGUUGGGGAAAUAACAAUCAACGAUUUGAUUAAUUCUUGCACUGUUCUUAAUUCGCUCACCAUGAGUUACUGUAACAUAGAUCACACAGGAUUUCUCGAUCCUGCAUUACCGCAUUUCCGAAACCUUAGAAAAUUAGCAUUAGGAAAUAACAGGGGCCCAUUUGAUUUCAGCUCUAUCUUGCCCCUGUACAUCAAUCUGAAUGCAUUACGUCUUAUGUUCAUGGGAGAGAUAACUGAUACCUUCAUGAGGCAAACUGUGACGGCUGGCGGAUUCAGAAAUCUGAGUGAAUGUUUCAUAGAAUUUUGCGGAGACAUGAGCAUGGAUACGGCAUGGUUACUUUUGCAGAACUGUCCCAAUUUGACUAAGAUUGGGAGCAUUGGUACUUGGUCUCGUGUCUACGAAGAUCAAGUUGUGACGUUUUUAAAUUCUGUGAUGAAUUUUAAUUUUUCACUCGAUGUACUUCGCUGAGAGUAAAAUGUUUUUAAUAUUUAAGAAAUUUUAGAAUGGCGCAAUCCAUUUCUGGUCCUGCUUUCAAAACUGAGCUGCAUAUAUUAGACAGGUGCAUCUAUUCUAAAGUGAAAUAUUAUCAGAUCAGGAAGAAUGUUACAGAUUUUACUAACGUAAUCCUGAAAAUAUUGAGUUCACAUAGAGGAACAAUAUAUUUAUACAAGUAAUGUAAGCUAAAUAGAUUCUUAACAAAUACAAUAAUGUGAUUGCCGAA